CAGAUGACUUAAACCACCUACACGCUCCUGCCUUUGGCCUGCCUCAAUCAUUUCAUGAUGGGAUGGAGAACUGCUGUUCACAUCCAAACUCAGCAUCUAGAUGUUACUGUCUGCCAGCUAAGGUCUGAUAUGGAGAAACAAAGCAUCAGCCACUACAGUUGCAGAGAUUGAGGAAGAAGCUCACUUUGGAAGGAACAAAUGCUGGUAAUCUAAGGAGAACUGGUUUUACAGACUGAGGAAUCCGGAAAGGCUCUGGAAAAACCAUGUGUGGAAGCAUGGAGGAAAACUGAUGGACCCAUCUUUUGCUAAUUCAACAUUCCAGUCCAAAAUAACAGAAACAGCUGAUAUUGUUGUUGGAACGUGUUAUGUGGUCUUCGGAAUAUGCUCCUUGUGUGGGAACAGUAUUCUCCUUCAUGUCUCCUACAAGAAAAAACAUUUGUUGAAACCAGCAGAAUACUUCAUUAUUAAUCUUGCCAUCAGUGACCUUGCAAUGACACUGACAUUGUACCCACUAGCUGUAACCUCCAGCCUUUCACACAGGUGGUUGUAUGGGAAACACAUUUGCCUGUUCUAUGCAUUCUGUGGGGUGUUCUUUGGGAUCUGCAGUCUGUCGACACUGACAUUACUGAGUGUUGUGUGCUGCCUCAAAAUUUGCUUUCCAGCUUAUGGCAACAGGUUCAGGAGAAAACACGGACAAAUAUUGAUAGCCUGUGCUUGGACCUAUGCAGCAAUAUUUGCCUGUUCACCCCUUGCUCACUGGGGAGAAUAUGGAGAGGAGCCCUAUGGCACAGCUUGCUGCAUUGACUGGCAAUCCACCAAUGUAGAAGUCAUGUCCAUGUCUUACACUGUCGUUCUUUUUGUUUUCUGCUUUGUUCUCCCCUGCGGAGUAAUUCUCACAUCCUACUCACUUAUUCUGGUAACUGUGAAAGAAUCCAGGAGAGCAGUGGAGCAGCAUGUCUCUGGUCCCACCAGGAUAAACAACGUGCAAACCAUUACUGUCAAGCUGAGUAUUGCCAUGUGCAUUGGAUUUUUUGCUGCUUGGAGCCCUUAUGCCAUCAUUGCCAUGUGGGCAGCUUUUGGAUCGAUAGAUAAGAUUCCUCCUUUAGCCUUUGCUAUACCAGCUGUCUUCGCAAAGUCUUCCACUCUCUACAAUCCCAUUAUCCAUCUUCUUCUGAAGCCCAAUUUCCGAACUAUCGUUGCCAAAGAUUUCACAGUUCUCCAACAGUUAUGUAUCAGGUGUUGCUUUUGUGUCAAGGAGCUGCAGACCUACAGAUCAACUUUCAACACUGGCUUGAGAACAUUUAAGGGCAAAAAUGAAUCCAGCUGUAAUGCUCUUCCGAUUAUGGAAGGAUGUUCUUAUUUCCCCUCUGAAAAGGGCAGUCAUACUUUUGUAUGCUUUAAAAGCUAUCCAAAAUGCUGCCAGGAGAGGUUUAGCACAAUGAGAUGUCACCCUCAAGAAUGUGAGUCCUUGGAAAAUGACCUUCAAGUGAAAGUGACGCAGGGCAGUAGGAAUUCAAUGAAGGUGGUUGAGCAGGAAGAAAAAAGCACUGAACUUGAAAACCUGGAAAUCACCUUGGAAGCAGUACCUGCGCACUGUACAUUUACAGAUAUCUAG